AAUGAACUCUCGAGUUAGAUCUUGAAGUACUCUUCGUAUCGCGUAUCAUUACACAUCCGUGUCAUCGUUUUAUUCAAAUAAAUUCACCCGGCGAGCGAAGUGACGCGCGUACGUCCAAGAUAUCACGUUGAUAAAUUGUCGAGUGUUAAGGCGCGAUGGUGCCGCGCGCACGGUGAUUGAAUCGACUCACGCGGUCCCGGUCAGUUCCGUGCAUUCAAUAUGGCAGGUCGAGGUGGUUACGACGAUUCAAGAGAUUAUCCAACUCAUCGAAGUAGAAAACCUUUACCAACUGAACCACCAUAUACUGCGUAUGUGGGAAAUUUACCGAAUGGAAUUGUACAAGGUGACGUUGACAAAAUCUUUGAGAAGCUUAAUGUCAAAGUCAUCAGAUUGGUUAAAGAUAGGGACACCGAUAAAUUUAAGGGCUUCUGCUAUGUCGAGUUUGAAGACUUGGCUGAUCUGGAGGCAGCAUUGGAAAUGGACGGAGCGGUAGAAGUAGACAAGUGUUUGAUCAAGAUCGACGUAGCAGAAGGAAAAAGAAAUGACCGUGGUGGUGGCUUCGAUAGGAGAGGUCGUGGGGGCAGUAGCAGUGGAAGUGGAUUCAAAGGACGAGAUUCCGGCCGUAGUGGAUACGGCGACGAUUUUGAUAGUAAAUCCUCAUAUUCAAGAUACAGUGAUAGAGGCCCACAUGGAGGUAGUAGGCAAGGUAACGAUAGAUGGGAUUCUAGAAGUAAUAGAGGCAAUUACGGCCAAUUCAACGACGACACAGGUGGAAAUCGUGAUUGGUCGCGAAGUACGUCUAGCAGGUCAUACACUAAUAAACCUCCACUUCGGGGAAGUGGUUCAGACCGAAAACCUUUCCCAGAUGACCCUUAUAACAAAGAUGCUCCUCCCCCAGACACUACUGGAAGAAAACGUUUGGAGCUCCAGCCAAGGACUGUUAAAGAGCCUGUGAAUUCAAUUGCGGAAUCAAGUAAAACAAGUUCCAUUUAUGGAGGUGCAAAGCCUCGAGAAGAAAAAUUGAAAAUGCAGCUGGACAAGUAAAAUUAACGAUAU